AUGGAAAGACGAAGUGUCCUGGAACAAGUAGUUAGACAUUUUCUGUGUGAGCAACUUAUAUUUAAGUAUCUAUAUCAGACACCACUAUAUCGACAUUCUGAUGCCUACUCUUCAACUCUUGUACCUUUAUUCACAACAUCUGGCGUCGUCUCUUUGAGGUCAAAAAAAUCCUCAACGGCUGUGCAUCCCAUCCCUAGUCAGACUGCUUCUUACAUUGUACGUCAAGACGUUUGGUGUGAGAAAGUAAGCCACAAUCGCCCCAACGCUCAGAAUAGCAAUAAGGGGCCAACGUUUCCCCCUAGAUUUUCUUUCAGAAGUUGGAGAACUACCGGUGCGCGUCUUUUUGCCGCAGGGCCCUACAGCUCCUAUAGCAAUUACUGCCCGGUAGCGCUCCAUCUACAGCAAUCUUCACACGGAUCAACUUCACAUUCCACGGAAGGCGGAGCUGAGGUCGUACGUGGGAGUGUGGAGCGCCCCAACGUGAGGCAUCCCAAGACCCGCACCGUACGCGAAGGUCAUCAAGAAAUGACCCUUUUGUCCAACCUAAGUGUUGAAAAGUUUCAAAACGAUACAAAUAAUAUCACUGGUAUCCACUUCACGACCAAAGCGUCGGUCAAAGAUGGCCAAAGUGUAUUAAAACUGAUUUUGGAAAAACGCGUAAACCUUCCCGUGCCUAAUUGGGCAAGCAAAAUAAAGGCUUGGAGACUUGACAACAACAACCACAACAAUAACGGCAAUUUAACCGCAAGUUUGGUGUACCCGCACUGUGGAAAUGGCGGCAGCCUAGAGACCGGUCCUGAUCCACACGGCAGACGGGAUGCUCAGUCUGAAUACGUUCCUUUACUUCACCGAUUGGAGUUCCGCAGUGCAGUGACCAAUCAGGAGCAGGGCAAUGCCGCGCAGGCUGACCUGGAUGGUUUUCGUCAUAGUUUUAGCGUUCAAUUUGAUACGGAUCCCGAAGAAAUAGCACAAACUGUGGAAACCCCCAAAUUCCUUCUUUAUCCACCUAAACUCGUUCAUAGUGAUAUCAUUAAUACUGACCUUGAGAACGAUAGCAGAGGCUGUAAAGAAAAAAAAGACCUAAUGGCUAAACGAGGUCGCAGCAGCACAGGCCCUAUCAUUUUUGAUUCUGUAGAAUGGCUCUCGAAGGCGUCGGAUUUCCCCCUUAUGGAUCCUGAAAUCUUCAGCAGCUACACACAUUUAACCGCACAAGAACUUCACUCUCCGUCGUAUAUCGAUUCCUCAACCGUUCACAUGCCCUCCGAGGUUAAUCAGGAUGCCGACAACCCCAACGGCGCAUCUCGUUUGGAGGAAAAUGCCCUGGCGGGGCGCGUUGACGUGCCUUCCACAUCUCACAAAGAGAUCUCGACGAUGGUUCGGGAGGCCGUGGGAGACCGCCUGCGUGGAGAAGGCUUAGGGGCUUUUGCGAAAUCCCAGGAUGGCAUUAUUGACGAGGACCCAGGGGGGAUUCCCGAGUCCUCCGUGGGCCCCGAUCCGACGGUAAAAAGCGGUUCCAAACCGCUCCUUUUCAACGUCUUUACUCGUCGUGUGGUGACGCCCACCUCAGCCUCCGUGCGCGGCCUGUCUUUGAUCGGAAUCACCCUAGACGACGGGACUCGCGAAUUAGCUGUGAAAGACCCCGCCGCGUUGCGCGCGGUCGCGAUGGCGAUACGGCAAAAACGUCUUUCCUGGCCAAAAGCCUGGUCCCGCGGGGCCUUGUACGCUCAGCUGAAGUACAUCAUGCUCGACGAAUCUCUACAAGAUCCCGCGGAGAAAGUGGAGGGGCUGCUACGAGCGCAAUACCAGCGCCUGCGCGAUCGUCAAAGCACCGGGGUUGUGGUCCAUACUGCCAGCGAAGACAUGGGAAAUGAGAUGAUAGGGCAAUCGCCUUCAUCGCAGGCCUCCGACGCGAUCCAUUCGAAAAGUGAAGAACGAUUCUUGUCAAUUGAGGAUCUUAGCGAGGAGCAGCAAGAGGUCAUUGGGUUUGUUCUAAAAGGCUACCACACGUAUAUUGGUGGUGGCGCCGGCACUGGGAAAUCUUCUUUAUUGCACGUUUUAAAACAUCGGCUACGACAGGAGGGCCUGCGGGUGGCCGUUACCUCUACCACGGGAGUCGCAAGCAGUCAUAUCGGCGGCUGUACUCUACACCACUGCUUCGGCAUCAACCUGCAUGGAGAUUUUACGCGACGUGAGGAGUUGAGCUCCUACGAUGCGAUCAUUAUUGACGAGAUAUCAAUGCUCCCACGGGGACUUUUUGAGACUUUGGAAUGGCAGCUACGACGAUCCAAUGGCGUGAAUCUGCCUUUUGGCGGAGUCCAAAUGAUCUUGUGCGGAGAUUUUAUGCAGCUGGGCGCGAUUGCUGCUGAGCCCAUCAUACACUCCCCGCUGUUUCGUUCUAACUUUGCAAUGCUUAAGCUUAUGCGAGUGAUCCGACAGGGUGCAAAUCCGAUUUUUGCGCUGCAGCUUCAAGUCCUGCGACGUGGCCUUGUUCCUCAAGGGCUCGAAAACACCGUCCAGCUUAUUUCCACUAAACAACGCGCCGAGGAAGCACGCCGAAUGGAGCAGCUCAAAGAGCGGCAACGUGCACAACUGCAAGCGAUCGCGAUACUCAACCCCUCUGUGCAACCCCAGGAAAUCCUCCCGCACCCUGUCAUAACCGCAAGCAACGAUAUUGCCUCAGUCGAAGCGAGAUCCAGCCCCCUUGACGAGACGUCCAUUAGCCGCAAUGAGGUGGGAAAGGAAAAUUCCGUGGCCCAACUAGCCCCGCCAAGCGGCACGGGAGGCUCGCAUGUGAACCCCCCUUUGAUUGACUAUGUUGAAGAUGCCGUCAACUUAUUUCCGACAAAUAAACAAGUCCAGGAGGCAAACCUGCAGGAGCUGGCCAAGCUACCGGGUGAGGUUGUCGUGUAUAGCACACAGGUGUUGACCCCUACUCUGUUAGGCACCUGGAGUCCGACUUAUCUGCUUCAAAUAAAGGGACAUGGAAAGCCCAAUGUGAAGAAGAUCGCAUUAGAGAUCAAGCUUUACAUUAGCGUCUUUUUCGAAAAAGUGAAGGAGUGGGAUUUGUGGUGGAAGCAGAUGUUAGUACAGCAGGACAUCGUGCUUUACUUUCUCUUCGCCGACGCUUUGGCGCUUCGGGUGCGCAUUCCACACGGAUUUGACGGUGGCGAGGCCCUGCUUACACAUCUGGCCGGCCUCGUCGACCACCUUUCCUCUUCGGCGGUUGCCGACCUUGGCGUGCAGGUGCGUGAGAUCCUCCUCAGCCCCGACGGCCUUCACACUGAGGCAGAUGAGUACAUCCUCGACCAAUACGCCGCGCAUGCCCCGGUAAACGCGUCGUUAGCGCUAAAAGUCGGGGCGCGGGUGAUGCUGCGGGCGAAUCUCGCCCCUGGUCUCGUGAAUGGCAGCCUCGGGACGGUAGUGGGGUUUCGCGAGCCCCCUUUUGCGGACGCCCUGGGCUUUUCUCAGAGGAAUUCCACCCGCGAGGAGGUCCUCCGCGGUUAUGUCGACUUCCUCCGCUACGAACACGGCGUCGGGGUGGCGAUGCUGCCGGAGGUGGACUUCGGCGACGGGCGGGUCGAGCUGAUUUUCCCCGUCAGUCAUCGCAUCGGGGGGUUUGCGAACACUCACCACUAUGGACUAUCCCUGGUGGCCCUACCGCUAACCUUGGCCUACGCCUUUACGGUGCACAAAGUGCAGGGACUGACGUUGGUGGGGCGGGUGCACCUUGAGCUGGCCCGGAUGUGGCCCUGCGAGCAUCUCCUUUAUGUUGCCAUGAGCCGCGUGCGGAAUCCGAACCAGCUGAGUAUCUCGAACUUUGACGACCGCCUCGUCUGCGCCGCAGCGGAUUGUCUGGUUUUUGAUGACAGCUUGCCCUCUGUUCGAGGGGUUAGGCUGCUGCCGCACUUUUUUCAGGCCACCUGGUACCGCGUCCCGACUCGGCGUAAGAAGGCGCUGCGUAAAAAGGAGCUGGAACGCAUAAAGCAGAAGCGCAACCAAAAGACAAAGGAAAAGCUGUGCAAAGACGCGGAGAGGAUUAUUUCUGAGAUAAGUAGUAUCACCGAUGCAUAA